UUUUUUUUUAAUCAGUCGGAAAAAUAUUUUAUUUUGAAAAAGGACCGGAUCCACCCGUGUGUACGUCUGAGCCGCGUUCAGGAGUCUUAAAGUUCGGGUUUAUCGCUGCAGGCGAGUCUCACGCGCCGAACCCUCUGCUGGCGGCACAAAUCAGUGACAAAGAAUCUUCAAACAUAUUCAACCUGCUCAAUGAAUUCUGUCACUUCAGGGAAAUGACAACUGGUUUCAAGUUGACCGAUAAAGUCGCUGCUGUGUGGGCGAGUGAACAGCGGAACAUUCUACAUGUUUCAGACGUUGACCGGGUGGAAGAGGCUUUUAAAAGAGUUUGAGCGGUACUCCAACCACAAAAGACCUGACUGCAAAAGAAUAGACCUGCAACCCAUUUGUAAACAAACCCACCCGGUGAAUCGAGCCCGUCCGAGCUAGAAAAAAAUGUGCUGGAGAUGCAAAUGACGGUGGCCUGAAGGGACAUUUCACACAACAACUCUGCCGGUGUUCUAAUGACAGCGACCAGAACUCGGUUCGGAGCAGCGGACCAAACACACGUCUGUGUCGCCGUCUCCAUCAGCGGCUCGUUGCAGCAGGUGAUCAGUGUCUGGGUGCGGGACCCGUGCAUACGAAAGAAUGACUUUUGGCAUGCCUACAUCGACUACGAAAUCUGUUUACACACCGACAGCUUGUGCUUUACCAAGAAGAUCUCGAUUGUGAGAAGGAGGUUCAGUGAGUUUGUCUGGCUCAGGCAGAAGCUACAGGCAAACUCCCAGCUAAUGGUACAGCUCCCAGAGCUGCCCCCAAAGAACCCCUUCUUCAACCUGAACAACGGCCAACAGAUCACUGAGCGAAUGAAAGGGCUCCAGAGGUUUUUGGAACAGGCCCUCGAGAGCCCUCUGCUGUUGUCGGACAGCUGCUUGCAUCUUUUCCUGCAGUCGAAGCUCAGCACGUCCACGAUGGAGGCCUGUGCUGCUGGACAGACCCACUACUCCGUGGCCCAGGCGGUCCAGCGCUGUGGCCUGAGGCGAUUCCACUCUGAAGAGGAUCUGGAGAAGGACCUCAGCAUGUCUUGUGACUCUGACUCAGACAGUUCAGAGUGUUUGGAUCCAGAGCUUCGGAUUAAGGAUUUGGCAAGAAACAAAGCAGAGAGUACGGCGUCACUUAAUCUCAUGGGAGCCGGCCAGGAGAAACCCCUCAGCUGCUCAUGUGGUUCUACAUGAGAACACCAUUAUCACAUCAUCAUAUCAUCGGCACAGAUGUCUGGAACAGUGAAGAAGAAAUGUACCUGUCACACCGUCAUAAUGCACUUUUGGCUCAGUAUUUCACUUGUUUAAAACACAAAUCAUUGCUCUUUAUGUUCUCAUUGGGGCAUUUCAGUUUUAACCAUGUACAGUAAAUAGAAUAAAAAUGUAAAUCCA